AUGAACCGGAAAGCCGAGAGGACGCCGCUCGCACUCGGUCUCCUUGAGCAUCCCGAGCUCGUCGAUCCCCAGUGCUUGUCGCCUCUCUUUUCCAAGCUUCCGAGAGAGCUUCGCGAGUUGAUCUGGCAAUUCGCCCUCACAGGCUACGAGAACGUCGAUAAGCCUUUUGGCCUCGAGCAGCGCUUCACCCGGCCCGGUCAGGCCGCUCGGCUACGCAUCGCUGUCCAGAUCCUUCUCACCUGUCGCGCAAUCUACGUCGAGACCUACCUGAUUCCGUUUCAAGCCAACCCGAUUGUAGUAUUCGACGGAAACAUGGGAGACGUGCCUUUCGGAAACCCUCUUCUGCGAACGGCCUCGAGACAGCUUCUGUGCGAUAAGCUGAGACUGUGGCAAUUCGCACAGAUAUCUUCGGUCGACAUGACUGCACAGCAAUACACGUUGGAAGGAGGCUCGCUCGAACGGGUAUCACGUUUGAUCGGUACCCUGGAACGACACCGAAACCUUGAAUUCUGUGGUUUCAAUCUGGCUGGCUAUGCGCAGUUCUUCAAGCCCUCGGGGAGUGAAAGUAGCGCCGGCGAAUCAUCCGACGCCUCAGACGCAGGCCGUAACAUGAUAAACCCGCUCGUCAGCAGAAAGAUCACCCACUUGACUCUCCGUAUGAACCGCACCGAUUGGUGGACGUGGAGUACCCCUCCCGAGAUCGCUCGAAGCGGUUCUGAGGAAAGGCUUAGGCUUGAGCCCAUGAUGAACACGACGGUGAGCAACCCAGCCAUCCGGCUCAUGACCCAAGGCAAUGAGGCGCGUAAACAGGGCCAGGAGCCUGACUUUGGGUUGGACGAUUUCGAGAAGGAAGGGCGUUGGGGACCACAGAUUACGACGUAUUGGCCGAGCCUCGAAACACUGGAUCUCGUGCUGGAGACGUUCUCAUGUAAGGAGGAUCAACUCGACUACGUGGUUGAGUGUGCGAAACUGUGGACAUUUCCGCUGGAAGACAGCUACGUUCUGACUUGGGACGGGAAUGUGGACAAGACCAGAUGGAGAGGCGCUUCGUCGUACGAAUAUGAAUACGACGCACCAUGGGCACCUGAGCAGAACCGAGGCGCGAACGUCGAAUCCGGGGAUUACUCGGCGACCCGGUGGAAACGUAUGAGAAAUUACGAAACCUGGCCGAAUCGCAGUCAAGAAUUUGUCGUUCGAACGAUCCGUUACGAACGGCGGCACGUCUAG